UUGACUCGGAGAGGGAGGGAGGAGAGAAUCAGGGAGGGAGGAGUUACUGUAUAUGAGACCUGAGAGUUCUGAGGUUAUUCUGUUCAUGUGUCUCUGUCCAUCAGCCGAUCAUGCUUCUGUCGCUGCGCUGUCUGCUUCUCGCUUCUGCUGUGCUCCUGUGCAGCGCCGCUCCCACGGACAAACAUGGGGGCUCGGAUACAAAUUGUCCUCUGACGGUGAAAAUCCUGGACGCAGUGAGAGGAACUCCAGCCGGGUCAGUACCACUCUGGGUGUCUCGCAAGGCUGCUGAUGGGGGAUGGGCACUGAUCGCUCACGGAGUGACAGACGCCACAGGAGAGAUCCACAAUCUGAUCACAGAGGAGCAAUUCCCAGCAGGGGUGUAUCGUGUCCAGUUUGACACCAAGUCUUACUGGAAGAAUCAAGGGAGCGUGCCAUUCCAUGAAAUAGCUGAGGUGGUGUUUGAGGCCCAUGCUGAAGGUCACCGUCAUUAUACACUGGCCUUGCUCCUCAGUCCAUUCUCUUUCACCACCACAGCUGUGGUCACUGACACACACCAGUGAUACUGGUACACAUCAACCUGGUUAAGCUGUGUGAGGUGGGAGCUCUUCUGACUAAUGGUGUGUGUGAAGGCCAAAAAACAGCAACCACAGGAAGCGAGGAUAUUUUGUGAGGACGAUCCGGCUGCUCCUUACAUUCUGUCACACCUUCAAAUGGCUGUUAUUACUUGGUUUUCGGGCUAUAGUUGAAAUGAAGGCGAUUAAACAGAUUAAAACGUAAAAUAAAAAGUUACUUAAAACAAAGGAGGUGGUGAAACUAAUUUAGUUGUGGUGGUUAGAAAGUUAGAAUAAGGGGCACAGAGUGAAAUGUUCCUUUAUUACCAUCAAUAAACUCAGUCUCACUAUCCUGUAGCACAAAAUGAGCAAAUAGUCCCCGAUAAAUUAGCUAUUAUGUGUGCUUUAUUGUGUCUUUUCAAAAUUCAAAUAGUGUAUUUGUGUUUUUAUUCACUGUGAUUGGGAAUGAGUUAAACCACAGUAAAAAUCACAUUACCACAAUACAAGGAAAGAGCUGUGAGAACAUGUCCUCGUCCCACUUUAAGGUUGUGGUUGUGCAGACGUGACCUUUUGGUACAAACGUGUGUGGAAAUGUAAAUAAACAAAAAGAUAACCAGCAAAUCAAAGGACUUGUGGUCAAUAAUUGCACAACAGUGAACAAGAAAAUGCAAGUUUUCUGGGAUGUACCAACAUUUUCUGUCAAAGAACAAAAUACACUGAACAACAGGAAGUGUGACAUAUGGUAAAAGUGAAUGGUUAACUGAAAACUCUUUGGGGGAGUGGACAAGAAUAAAACGACAACAACA